AUGGCCGCCGCUCUGCGCCGCCAAACCUUCUGCGGCAAGUCGCAGCUCGAGCACCACGUCAAGACAGAGCGCGCGAGCCUCCCCAAGCUGCACGACCACCAGUGCUACUCGACGUACCGGACGCAACGACGUCGUCGCGAUCGCCGGCGACCGACGUCCUCAGCCUCUUCCUCAGCCUCUUCAGCGUCCGUCUGUCGACAGCGACAGACGUCCGAAGACCACCGCACGCGAGCGCUCGUGCCACCCCCCGAACCCAAUCCACAACGCGAGUCCGCCGACGCGUCUUUCACGAGCGCGUCGGCGCCCACGUGUGACCCACGCGACGGCCUCGUGGACUCGACGCGCGCAGGCGAGUGCCAAAUCUGCUUUGACCCGCUCGACGUGCGCGCGGCGCACGUGUGUGCGACCUGCUGCACCGCGUUCUGCGCCAGCUGCACGCGCUGGUACAUUGCGCUCAAAGUGCAGGAAGGCGCUGUGUCGGCCACGAAGAUGGUCUGUCCGGCGCCGCAGUGCGCGCGGCCGCUGUCGCACGAGCUCAUUGCCGCUUCCGUGUCGUCGCCGACGUUCGCCAAGUACACUGCGUUCGUCGCGAACCAGCAGGUGGGCGUCCGCUUCUGUCCGCGCGCCGGGUGCGCUGCGGUCAUUGCGGAACCGCUCCACACGUCCACGCGCCGCGUGCAGUGCGACACGUGUGGCUUCGAGUCGUGUAUGCGCUGCGGCGGUGCGUUCCACGCGCUCGCGACGUGUCGGCGCGUGGAGAAGCGCUUUCGGCGCUGGCAAAAGCGCCACAACGUGCGCGCGUGUCCGCGCUGCAGGGCCGUCAUUGAGAAACAGGGCGGCUGCGCGCACAUGCAGUGCGUCCAGUGCGAGUACGAGUUCUGCUGGGCGUGUCGGCGGUCGUGGCGCGCCCACGACGAGGCGCUGUGCCUCCCGCUGCGGUUUCUGCGGUCCGAGAGCCCCAAGUUCGGCUGCUGCGCGCCGUUGCGGGUCGUGACAAAGACAGCGAUCGUUGCGGUGGCAGCCGUUGCGGCAGUGGCAGGCGCCGGACUGGCGGCGGUGGUGCUGCCGCCGGUGGUGGGGUACCAGUACGCAAAGGACGCGUUCCGACGGCACAAGUACGCGCGGGCGUCGUACGUUCGCGCUAUCGAGCGGGAGGCAGAGGUCGCGAUACAUUGGCGCGGCCCGAUGGAGGACUACGGACGCCGUGGGUCUUGA